GCCUUGUAAUCGUGUAAACUGUACAAUAGUAGAGAAAUUCGUUUAGUUUUCUUUAAUUUAUUAAAUGCUAAAAUAUAAUUUAUUAUUUACUGUUACGCUUAAGAAUCGAUCGUUUUCUACGUUAAGAAAAUUAUCAACAAUGGUUUCCAAACCACUGAGUAUUGAAACUUUAAAUAAGUUGAAAAAUGAUUUUUACGCUAACCCAAAGAAUGAACUUGCCCAAAAUGUCUGUACAAGGUUUGACCCAUUUGAAGUCGCCAUCAGCAAGCACAAGAAUGAUAAAAUGCUACAUGUUUACAAUAUAAAGGUUGAAUCUGAAGGGAAACCAGUAACAAACCAAGAAAACUCUGGAAGAUGUUGGCUCUUUGCAGCCCUGAAUGUCAUGAGGCUACCUUUCAUGAAGAAGUAUGCCAUUGAGGAGUUUGAAUUCUCACAAACGUACCUGUUCUUCUGGGACAAAAUCGAGAGGUCCCAUUUCUGGCUGAACAACAUCGUGGCGACCGCCAAACAGGGGGAGAGUCUAGAUGGACGAUUGGUCAACUUUCUGCUGAAGGACCCCAUCAACGACGGUGGACAAUGGGACAUGAUAGUGAAUCUAGUCAACAAGUACGGGCUCAUGCCCAAAAAGUGCUUCCCCGAGACCUACAGCUCGCGCAGAAGUCUGCACAUGAAUGCUCUUAUCAAGACCAAGUUGCGCGAAUAUGCCAAGGAGCUCAGAGAUUUAGUGGACAAGAAGGCUUCAGAUGAGGACAUAGAGAAAGCAAUCAGCGCACAGAUGGCCGUUAUUUAUAAUAUUGUUGCUACUUGUCUAGGUAUUCCCCCCGAGAAGUUCACGUUCGAGUACUACAACAAGGACAAGGCGUACAACAGCUUCGGGCCACUUACGCCGCAGCAGUUCUACAACAACCUCGUGCGCCCGCUCUUCGACGUGAAUGACAAGGUGUGCCUCGUCAACGACCCCCGCAGCAGCAGCCCGUACGGCCGCCUGUACACGCUGCAGUGUCUCGGCAACGUGGUCGGCGGCCGACCCACCGCGUACAACAACCAGCCUGUUGAUACGCUUAUCAAGGCGGUGAAGGACAGCAUAUCCGGCGGCGAGGCGGUGUGGUUCGGCUGCGAGGUGUCCAAGCGCUUCGAGCGGAAAUACGGCCUGGAGGAUCUAGACGCUCACGACUACCGGCUGGUGUUCAACACGGAGAUCCAGAUCGGCCUGGAGAAGGCGGACCGCAUGCUGUACGGGGACUCCUGCAUGACACACGCCAUGGUCUUCACCGCUGUGGGCACUGAUGAAAAUGGCAAGCCCACGAAGUUCAGAGUAGAGAACUCUUACAGUGAAAAGGAACAUGAAAAGGGAUACCUCCUGCUCACCGAGCCCUGGUUCAGGGAAUUCGUGUUUGAGAUAGUAGUUGAUAAGAAGUAUGUAGAUGAAGAAGUACUGAAUGUGUUCAAACAAGAGGCCAAGGUGCUGCCAGCCUGGGAUCCCAUGGGCACCCUCGCCUGUCCGAUGUGCUCCGGGGAAACUUGCUAAGUGCUAACAAAAUAUGUUAUUCUUUUAUGUAAACAUUGUAUAAAUAAAAUCGUAAUCUUG